ACUGCGCGCAGGUGAGUCGAGGAGGAGGAGGAGGAGGAUGGCGAUGGCGAUGAUGAUGAUGUCAAGCGUGAUGCCGCGGUAAGCCAAGCCUCUUUUGGCGCAGGCUCCGUGGCUGGCUCUUCCCAAGGCAGGGCUUCAAGAGAGGGAGCGCAUCGGAGGCAGGUCCAGUCCGGAGACACCGAAGGAGAGAUACAGAUCGAGAGAGAGAGAAGAGAGAAGCCGGAGAGGCCCCCCAACCGCGGUUCUAACCCGAGACAAAGGCGCGGUGAGAGCCAUGCGAGCCCCGGGCUGCUGCUCCUCCUGCCUGGUGCCGGCGCUGCUCCUCCUGCUCAGCCUGGCUUCGGCCGACGGCGAAGGCAAGCCCGGCAAGGAAGGCGAGAGCCCCGGCAAUUUCAUGGAGGACGAGCAAUGGCUGUCUUCCAUCUCGCAGUACAGCGGCAAGAUCAAGCACUGGAACCGCUUCCGAGACAUGGAAACCGACCAGGAUGAGCGGGGAUUAGAAAAAGCUGCUGAAGGUAUUGAAGGUGAUAUCCAGACAAGCCAAAAAUGA